AUGCAAAUAAGCCAGACGAACCAGCAAAUAUCUGAGCUGAUAAAAGAGGAAUACCAAGCAGUUUUCACUCUUUCCAUUGAUACAGUGCCUACCCCAAGGAAGGAGUGCAAGGCCAUUACCAUGGAGCCUGAAGAACCACAACCUCAGAAGCUACAAGAGGAGACAAAGGAUGAGCAAUUCACUCAGUUCUUAGAAACCUUCAAAAAGUUGCACAUCAAUAUUUCUUUUGCUGAGAGAAAGCUACCUAAGAAGAUGCCAAACCCUAGAAGUUUCCUGAUUCCCUGUACCAUUAGGAAUAUUAUUUUUGAGAAAGUACUAUGUGACCUUGGUUCAAGCAUAAAGUUGAUGCCGCUCACUGUAAUGAAGAAGUUGGAGAUCCAAGAGGUGCAACCUACAAGAAUAGCACUAAAGAUGGCUGACAAGUCUCGAAAGCAGGCAUAUGGGCUAUUAGAGAAUGUACUAGUCAAGAUUGGAGAGCUCUUCUUCCCUACAGAUUUUGUGAUACUUGACAUGGGAGAAGGCACAGAUGAGUCUAUCAUCCUAGGAAGACCAUUCUUGGCCAUUGGAAGAGCCCUCAUUGAUGUUAAGAGAGACAAAUUGGUGCUGAGGUUGCAUGAAGAUCGGACGGUUUUCAAGGUUUUUAAACCUCCACUACCCCCUGACAAAAGAGGAACUUGCAUGCAGAGUGCAAUGCUGAAGCCCCCUCCCUUGGUGGAAACAAAUACAGUUCCCCUAGACAUCAAACCUAAGUUUGGUGUUGGGCAUUCACCACCCACCAAAGAGAGAGAAAGCCCCAUGGGAAAGAUGCUUAGGAGAUGGAGGAACAAAAAAUCCCUACUGAAGACUUCUCACUAG